AUAGCUAACGCCAACGCUUCGGACUCGAUCUGUAAAUACAAUACAGCUUCUGAUCCUACUUUGCCUACUCUGCAAGCUGGUCGACAAAGCUAUCGUUUCCUCAAAAGAAGGCCGUCGGUGGGCCUCACGACGGACUAUCGGCUCAUCGCAUGCGGGCGAUUUCCCAUGACCCCACUGAUGGGUUAUGAGCGGAAAUACAUAAUCUAA